GGUACACCUGCACACACACACACACACACACACACACACACACACAGGAAUGAGAUGUGGAGUGUUGCUAUGAAGGAGGUGGAUUUACAUGAAGGACAGCGCAGCAGAGACAACUGGAGUGAAGGAGGGGGAGUCACACACAUUGGGACAAGAACAUGACUUGAAGAUGAGCUGUCCUGAGGCUGAGUUAGAGGAGAAGGACUGUCCUCCACCAGAGGAAUUGGAGUGCAAAAUUUGUUACCAACGCUACAAUGCUCACAACCGCAAGCCUAAGAUCCUGGACUGCCUGCACCGGGUCUGUGCCCGCUGCCUCAUUAAGAUCCUGGACAUUGCUGAUGGGGCAGGCUUCAUCUCCUGCCCCUUUUGCCGACACCAAACCGAGAUCACAGAGUACGAGGUGUCAGCCCUGCCUGACGAUGCUAAUAUUAUGUCCCACCUGGCAAUGCGGGACAAAUCCUGGAGCUCUGACCACAACGGGGAGGUGGUCCUGACCCCAAAGAGUUUCUCCUCCUCCAGCCCAUCUCACGAUUCCUCCAACUGCCUGGUCAUCACUAUAAUGGAAGUGCAGAGGGACUCACAGCACUCCCCAAGCCAAAAUGCCAGCUCUGACAUCUAUGCUGAGCAGAGCCUGGACUCAGUUUCAAUGGGCUCCAAUGGGCCGGCUGAUCAGGACGCCAUGUCCAAGUUCUGUAAUCAUGUCCCACGCAUCCUGGUCUGGCUGCUGGGAUUCUUAUACUUUGGCUCACUGCCUCUAGGAAUCUACUUGUUGGUGAUCCAGAGGGUGACACUGGGCAUUGUAUGUGUAAGCUUGGUGCCAUCAAGCCUAACAGUUUGUCUGGUCUAUGGGUUCUGCCAGUGUCUAUGCCAGGGCAUGUGUGACUGCUCCUCUAGGGGCUGAUAGGGUGCACAGGUAUUUGAUGUGUUUUGUGGAUAGAAAGGGGGCCAAAAGGUGAAGAUGAUGCCCUCUGCUACACAGGCUUUACAAGCCUACCAGUCAGUUAUCUUCAUGGAAAUAAUGUGCUAGUAAAAGGACCUAAGAAGAUCGCCUUUAGUGUUGGUCUAUGCUUUUGUUAGGUCGACUGCUGCAACUCAGAAACCAGUUUGGCCAACAGGAGCAGAGCCCCUGACAAGCUAUGUUAGUUGGAGCAGUGGCUAUACCUACAUUUCUGUGAUGUGCUUAUGUAAUCUUUAUUUCUUCUGUGUUGUGUGUAUGAGCUGCUCUACCAUAACAUUUGAGUGCAGACCUUUAAUCUUUGACUAACAUAAUGACAGCACUUGUCCUGGGCCCUCAUUUAUCAACACUGUGUACCAACAAAAAUCUUGCAUGCAAUCAGUUUUAAGUGAAUGGUGGUAUUUACUAAUUUGUAACUUUCCUUUAGGAUGCCUGCAUAUUUUGGUAAAUCUCUAAACCAUGCAUACACACAAAAAAUCUGUGUACCUUUUUGGUUUUCUCAGGAUGUUAUUAAGUUAAUUAAAAUGUGUAUUUAAGCUUAACUGGGUAAUUGCCAGUUGCCAAUAACAAAAGGGAGGAAAAUCAAUGUUGUGGGUGAUUUUGUCCACCAGUUUAAAUCAAAGGCACCUCUUAGACACUGAUUGACAGUACAAAUAGUGUACAUUUUUAAAAAUCACAUUGUUUCUUUAAUUUUAAUGAGUGUUUCUCACACCUAUUAGCCAGCAUUUAUGGUGAAACUACAUUACCAAAUAGUUUUCUUUCUAAAGUUAAAGCUACAAGUAACUCAUAAUUGAAUGUUAAUUGUGAUACUGGUCUUGCCAUCAAAUAUCAAUAACUGUGCAUUGUAUGGAGGAAAAGCAUUGGUGCGCUGACAUCUAUAAGUUGAUACUAUAGGCAUCAGUGGGUUGAACCUGUUGAUAUAAAUCUGAUGCAACAUCCUGGUUGAAAAAUUGCUCUUGUGAUUGACAAGUCAUGAAUUACCUACUGUGAGAUUAGCGACUUUCCAAUUUCUUUGUAUUGUUGAACAAUGCAAGGAAUAUUGCAGAAAAAUGCUGUCCAUUUGGCCAGAUUUUUCACCAUAACAAUUCUCAGAGUAAGUAAGAAAAGGGAAAUGUGCAUGCUAUUUCAGCCAGGACUAAAUACAAAUUACCAAAUUAAAAGUAAAUAGGCUGCAAUAAUUUAUUUAUUACCUGCUUUACUGUAACAACAGUAGCUUUGGGCAUGCAUGUGAUGAGGUUGUUAGUUUUGCUUAUUGAAUGCCCCCCUCCCCUCCUCAUUCAGGUUGUUGUGCUGAAAUAAUUUGGUGCAUGUGAGGCAUAAACCGGAUUUAUAUCUCAGGUUUUUUUAUACUCAAUGUUUAGCUUUAAAUGUAAUUUCAAAUGAUUUGCACAGUACAUCACAUGUAUGUAGAGUGAAAAAAAUGCUAUUUUUGAUCAACUCUACUGUAGCUGUAGUUCCAAACAGUAGUUUUCCGUAUAGCUCUGUGACCAAAACAUCAAUUUUAGUGUCAGAAGUUUUUUCUUCUAAAACAUCUUGAAUUGCUGUAUUCAGCACUGACUUUCCAGCAGUAAAAAUAAAGGGUUAGACUAUAAAUUGUUCCAUUGUUCCAUCGAUGUAAGUGAAACUGAGUUUGUGGGUUUAAUCAAUGUAAGUUACUUUCCUUACUUUAUGCACAUUUGACAAUUACCUUUUGACAUUAGUACCUUGUUGAACUCACAAGCAUUUUACAUUUUACUCUAAGAGUGAAUGUAGAACAUUUUGUGUACAAUGUUGAUAACCAAGGGCCCUGGGCUGAUAACUGUAAGUUACAGUAUAUUCAAUGUUAAACUUCAGGUAAUGAUAUUUUUCCUCAAAAUGGAAAUGUAGCAUUUUGGAAAAAAAUAUUCAUUUUGUACAAAACCCUUCCUCUACAAUGUUAGUCCUGUUGUUCUGUGAUGUUGGGGUUAUAUAUAUUGUUAUCUUACUUUUCCAUUCUCAGCUUCUUUCUACCACUGUUUCUCUACUUGUCUCUGUACCCACUCUCUCUAGGUUUUCCUGUACUUCUGUGUAUGACCUACUGACUGCAGCUCUCAGCUUAGUGCCACACUGAUUACAGAAGCUACUAGAUGAAUAAAUAAAGAAUUAUUUUCUAUA